ACGCCUCGCCUCCCAGGCGAUGUUCGAUGUCGCCCGACCGUCAGAUCCAGAUCGCCCAGUCCUGAGAACAAGUUUCGUCUGUGUCUCUGCUCUCAGCUUCUUUUCUGUCUCUGUUCCCUCGAUUCCUUCCUUUGCUUGUCUCAGUUGCCUUCCUUUUAGGAGAAGCACUGGACGAGGCUUGAACGCGCCCUGUCUCUCGCCUCUCCAUCUGCUUCCUUUGCUUUCUUUUCUGGUUGCCUCUUCUCUCCGCUUGCACGCGGCGGUUGUCGCCGGCUCUGUCCUCUCACGCGUCACUUCCGCAGUCCCUCAAACGGCAAGGUCUGUUUGCCUUGUGGGAGACCACCAUGGCGCGCAACUUGUCUUUGCGAAUGGCUUUCGUCUCCUCGCUCUUCUGCGACAGAGGCGCGUCUGUCGCUGUCUCCGCCGAGAGUCGCUCCUCCUGCCUCGCUCUCGUCUGCUGUGUGUCUCACACCCUCGAGCUCUGCCUCCGACGGCGCGACUCUCCCAUGCCACCGGUUUCAAAACGCAGACAAAGGUCUGCACUUUUUCGAUGAAACGAGCAACGAUUGCGUAUUUUCCCUGUGCAUUCCGUUUGGACUGCGAGAACCAGACGCAAAAAACAACGUCUGCUCUGCGUAAAGGAUGCCAACUGUUUCGUCUCUCUUUGUCUUCCUUCCGUCUUCGCGAACGCGGACUCCUGCUUCUGCGGUCGCUUCACGAGAUGAAAAAAGUCGCGUUCGAACAGAGACGCAAGCCGGCAGAAACCGGAGAAAGAACGACCAGCGACGAGAAGCGACAAAGCGAGAGGAGAGAACGAAGUCACAAGAGAAAGAAGAGAGGAGCAAAACCGCAGCGGGAGAAGUACGAAGAAACAGGGGAGAACGGACACAAAGAAGUCAGAGGAGAGAGGAGGAGGACAGCGGGGAAACAAGACGACACAGAGAUCGGAGAAAGGCAGACGUUCGCUAGUCAGUGAAAGCAAGUUCAGAGAGAAGAAGCAGAUUCUCGGACGAGACAGAAACCAAUGUUCUCUCACAAGAAGCAGCGACUGUCUGCCACACAAACAUCCUCAGCAAAUGUGCAGGAAAAAAACCGAUUAACGUACACGGUGUUCUUUUG